UUGUUUGUACGGAAAUACCGACCAUGAAAAAUGCGGUGUCUGCCUACAAAGCAGUUUCAGCCACAAUCAUUGCCACCGUCACUCUGCAUCACGAACAUACACACUUCACUACCGCCACUAAUUCACUACCAUCAUCAUCCAUGCCAUUGUUCUCAUCUAUCCUCUCCAAAACCGCCACAACAAGGUCUCUCUUAAUGUCGUCUUCGCGUUCCCCCAAAACGCGCCUCAGGGGCGUCGUUUUCGACAUGGACGGAACCCUAACCGUUCCCGCCAUCGACUUUGCCGCCAUGUACAGAGCUGUCCUUGGUGAACACGAAUACAACAGAAUCAAAUCUCAGAACCCUUCCGGGAUUGAUAUCUUGCACGAGAUUGAGAACUGGACCCCUCAGAAACAGCGCAAGGCCUUUGAAACCAUUGCUGAUUACGAGCGCCAGGGUCUUGAUCGUCUUCAAAUCAUGCCCGGUGCUGCUGAGCUUUGUGGUCUUCUCGAUUCGAAGAAUAUAAGGAGGGGAUUGAUCACACGCAAUGUAAAGUCAGCCGUUGAUUUGUUCCAUGAACGAUUUGGGAUUACAUUUUCUCCAGCAUUAAGUAGGGAGUUUCGUCCCUAUAAACCGGAUCCUGCUCCGCUUCUACAUAUAUGUUCUGUUUGGGAUGUUCUACCAAAUGAAGUAAUAAUGGUUGGAGAUAGCCUUAAAGAUGAUGUUGCUUGCGGGAAGCGAGCAGGAGCAUUUACAUGCUUGCUUGACGAGACGGGAAGGUAUGAUUCUCCCAAGUACGCUGAUGUUGAACACAAACCGGAUUUCAAGGUGACUUCCCUUGCUGAAGUUUACUCAAUUUUGGAGGUAAAUUUUGACUUGUCACCAUGAGCCACGAGAAAGAUCAAAGAAACUCAGCAGGACCAGUUGUUUUUUUAGUUGGUGCUAAGAGAUCUAGACAAGGUGGCAUAUGUCAUUGGGUAGUUUUUUAUUCCUAACCUUUUGUAAGUUCAUAAAACAAAAUAUCCCUGGAAAUUUUAGGUUGCACGAUGUAAUUAGGUUCUAUUCUUGAUCACCUUGGUACUUAUUUUCUUGUUUGGGAAGUUGCUACUCCCGGUUGUAUAAAAGAGAGCAAAAAAAAGGUACUACUCCCUGGAUGAAGAAACGCAAAAGUAUUCUCAUGGCGUUAUGAGUA